ACUAAAAUUAGAGGUUUUAGAUAUUAUAUUUGUGAUAAAAGAAGCAAAUCCUUGGUCAAAUUUCUCUAUAAAAAUAAAACUAUAACAUUGUUGGGUCUUCAUAUAAAAUUAUUUGCAAGUACUACUAGACUAAAUGCAGUGAAGGAUUUAGUUGAUGCACUCCAAAUUAAUAAAACUCUAAAAGAUCUCAAAAUUCAACAUUAUAACUGUGGAUCUAACAUAGAAACAGCAUGA